UCGCAGGACACAGACUGCAUUCACCCCGCCUCACUCCACCCCAGCCUCGCGCGAAUUUUAUGAAAGCCGUUUUCACUGGGAUUCAACAGGCGCUGUGUGUGUGUGGCGUGUGUGAAGGAGAAAAUGAAUCACUUCGACUUUGGGCAAGGACUGGAGGUGUCGUGUUUGUCCCUUGCAAUGACAUAAACACACCAGAACUCAUUAAGAAGAAAAAAAAAAGAUUGAGGGUGGGAAGUUGUGGGGGAACGGACUCCAGCCCUUGGGAUGAUCUGAAAAGUUCAGCACGUUUUCCAUACAUUAGACCUCAGAGAGCAUCGUGUUCUGCCCGCUCGCAACGGACUCCCAGUCCAAGGGAAAGUUUGAGGUUUUACAUUUCUGUUUGUGGUACAGGAAAAGGCUUGUGAUCUGAGGGCUUGAUUCAGUGAAAUUACAUCGCCUUCUACACAUUCGCUUCUCAAGGAGGGCAGGAGUUGGAAGCAACUGUUUUGAGACGUUAAAGAUUUGCUGGCAGAGGGAAAGGGAUUUUUUUUUUCUUCGCUCCCUGCCGGCGGGGGGGAGAAACAGUUCUAACGAGGAGUUACUUUGUAAUUUUAACUCCCAUUCAAAUACUCCCAGCCCUAGAAGCUGCUGUUGAUCCCCCAAGACUUCUUGAUCCGAACCCAGAGGGACCAGUCACUGCUCUCCCACAUCCUCAGAGCCCCCCGACAUGAGUUUGCAGAAGAGGGUCUUCCCACGAAAGGAGAAUGGGACCCACGAAGUGGUGGCUAAACCCAGUCCAGUCGCCACUCGUCAGCCGAGGGCCAGAGAUCAGGAAAGGAAGAAGGGCAGCUUUACCUCCUCCCUGAGGAUGGAGCCUCACAGCCGUUCCGGAAAGAGCAGAAAAUCCACCAAGUUGCGGUCCAUCUCCCGCUCCCUGAUCCUCUGUAACGCCCAGACCAGCGAUGACAGCUCAAGCCCUGACGAGAGAUACCCUGACCCCUUUGAGAUUUCCCUGGGCCAGGGCAAGGAGGGAAUUUUCCACUCAUCUGUGCAGCUGGCAGACACGUCAGAGGCCGCGCCCCGCAGCAUUCCUGACCUCACACUGUCCUCCGAGGCCACACAACUCCAGGCAGCUGGGAACGAUCGAGGCAAGGCCUGCAGGAGGAUGUUCUUCAUGAAGGAAACUUCUACAACUUCCUCUCGAGAAAAGUCCGGAAAACUGGACCCACAAAGUAAUAACUUCCUGUUUCCCAAAGCCUGUCAUCAAAGAACACGCAGCAACUCAACCAGUGUCAAUCCCUAUUGCACAGGAGAGACGGAUUUUCCAACAACCAAGAAGUCAGCGGUUUCGGCGGAUAGGCAGCCUUAUUCCCUCUGCAGUGGCAGGAAGUCUCUCUCUCAACAACUGGAUUUUCCUGCAGCAAAGGCUGUGGGCUUGUCAAGACCGACACGGUCGCUCAGCACAGCUCAGCUCGUGCAGCCCUCAGGGGGCCUCCAGGCGUCUGUCAUCUCCAACAUCGUGCUGAUGAAGGGCCAGGCCAAGGGCCUGGGCUUCAGCAUUGUUGGAGGCAAGGACAGCAUUUAUGGCCCCAUUGGAAUUUACGUUAAAACCAUCUUUGCAGGGGGAGCAGCAGCAGCUGAUGGAAGGCUACAAGAAGGUGAUGAAAUUCUGGAACUCAAUGGAGAGUCGAUGGCUGGACUGACACAUCAGGACGCUUUACAGAAGUUCAAGCAAGCCAAAAAGGGGCUGCUCACCCUCACAGUCAGGACCCGCCUGACGGCCCCCCACUCCCUGGGCAGCCACCUGUCCCCCCCACUGUGCCGUUCCCUGAGCUCUAGCACCUGCGUCACCAAGGACUGCGGCUCCUUCGUCCUGGACAGCCCCGAGGCGCCCGCCAGCAGCACCAAGCCCAACGACAGGAUCCUGGUGGAGGUGUCCCUGAAGAAAGAGGCUGGUGUCGGGCUGGGCAUCGGACUGUGCAGCGUUCCCUAUUUCCAGUGCAUUUCUGGCAUCUUCGUGCACACGCUGUCUCCAGGAUCCGUGGCACAUCUGGACGGUCGACUGCGAUGUGGCGAUGAGCUGGUGGAGAUCAACGACUCCCCCGUUCACUGCAUGACGCUCAACGAAGUCUACACCAUCCUGAGUCACUGUAACCCAGGUCCCAUCCCCAUCAUGGUUAGCCGCCAUCCAGACCCACAGGUCUCUGAACAGCAGCUCAAAGAAGCUGUGGCCCAGGCUGUGGAGAACGUCAAGUUUGGAAAGGAGCGGCACCAGUGGAGUCUAGAAGGUGUCAAAAGGCUGGAGAGCAGCUGGCACGGGCGGCCCACCUUGGAAAAGGAGCGGGACAAGAACUCUGCACCCCCGCAUCGCCGGGCGCAGAAGGUCAUGAUCCGUUCCAGCAGCGACAGCAGCUACAUGUCAGGAUCUCCCGGGGGCAGUCCCAGCAGCAGUGGAGAGCAGCCACCCUCUGAUCUGGAAGUCAGUGUGCACAACCCCAGCCUGCCCCUGGGGCGGGAACCAGGGGUGCCUCCUGGGGCCUCAUCCAGGCACCCCCAGGAGAACCUGCCCCUCCCUGCAAGCCAGGGCAGCCACCCACCACUGAGACUCAAGAAAUCCUUUGAGAUUUUGGUGAGAAAGCCUACAUCCUCCAAGCCCAAGCCUCCACCCAGAAAAUACUUUAAAAGUGACAGUGACCCUCAGAAGAGUAUGGAAGAGACAAAGGACUCCCUGUGCCCUUCUGGACACACCUUGCCCACCUGUGGCCAGGAAGCCAGAGACCUGCUGCCACCGCCGCCUCCACAGGAAGACACAGCGGGGAGAACCCCUCACACCGCUGCUGGCCACCCAGGACCUGUUGUCAGGCCACACACGACAUCCCUCUCAGAGGGCCAGCCAGGGAGGAGGGCAGCCAGCCCAGGGACGCAAACGUCCCCAGUAAAACACCCAUUGCUUAGGAGACAGGCUCGGAUGGACUAUAGCCUUGAGACCACAGCCGAAGACCCUUGGGUUAGAAUUUCUGACUGCAUCAAAAAUCUCUUUAGCCCCAUCAUGAGUGAGAACCACAACCACGUGCCGCUGCAGCCUGACGCCCCGCUGGGUGAGGAAGACGGGAUGCGGGGCCACCCAGAUGGGGCUGCCGCGAAGCUGGACACCACCGACGGCGGUCCCAAAGCUUACAAGCAGGUGGGCGGCAGCAGCGUGAAGAAGGGUCCUCCAGUAGCCCCCAAGCCAGCCUGGUUUCGCCAAAGCUUGAAAGGUUUGAGGAAUCGUGUUCCGGACUCCAGGCGAGAGAUGGCCGCCUCCUGCCAGCCGACCCCCACCUCCAGGGAGCGCCCUGGGCCACCCCUGCGGGCUUCGUCCUCCAUCAAGCAGAGGAUCAGCUCCUUCGAAACGUUCAGCUCCGCUCACCCGCCUGACAGAGGAGCCCAGAGACUGAGCCUCCAGGCCUCCAGCUCCUCGGGCGAAGCAGCAGAACUUCCCGGGAAGCAAGAGGGAGAGCGGGCUUCUGGUCCCUUGGGGCAAGGGGCUCCCCCGACCAUGGAACAGCAGCGGCCAGAGCCAGAGCAGCUGCCCCCCACCUCCCCGGCCACGUCAGAGGCCAGCGACCCCGGCGUGUCAGGGCGCCCUCCCCUGGAACAGCAGCCCGGUCAGAAAACCCUCUCCUCCGACCCGGACCCUCUCUCAAGGCUGCUGGCAACACAGAUGGAGGGACCCCGAGGCCCAGUGGUCAAGAUGCCAAGUCAGCGGGCUCGGAGCUUCCCCCUGAGCCGGACCCAGUCCUGCGAGAUGAAGCCACUGGAUGAAAAGACCAGUAAACUCUACUCCAUCAGCAGCCAAGUGUCCUCGGCCGUCAUGAAGUCCCUGCUGUGCCUCCCGUCUUCCCUCUCUUUUGGCCAGACCCCCUGCAGCCCCAAAGAAGGGGUGUUGCCUCCCACAGCAUUCAGUGAAGACCCAGCGAAUAGUUCUGCCGAAGCUUCUGCCUCGGACACCAGCUUCUCUCUCAACCUCUCAGAGCUGAGAGAAUACACGGAAGGUCUCAGUGAGUCCACAGAAGCCAACGACUGUGAGCACUGCACCUCUCAGCCUGGUCAAUCGGUUAUCUCCUUGCUGAGCACAGAGGAACUAAAGAAGCUCAUAGAGGAAGUGAAGGUUCUGGAUGAAGCUACAUUAAAGCAAUUAGACAGCAUCCAUGUCACCAUCUUGCACAAGGAGGAAGGGGCUGGCCUUGGGUUCAGCUUGGCAGGAGGAGCAGAUCUAGAAAACAAGGUGAUCACGAGCACAGCUCAGGAUGUGCCCGAGGCUUCAGAUCUCGAGGUCCAGCCCCCUGUUCUCUCAGGACCAGCUGGUACCCAGAGUAACUUGGCACACUGCUUUCAGUCAUGUGUGAGCAGCAACUUCCUUCUUUGCAAGCAAGCUCUCCACCACAAAAAAGCGCAUAAAACCAAUGAGGACCUAUUUCUGACACUGAGCACUGGCAGAUCACCAUAAAGACGUUCCGGACGGCACAGGCUGCUUCCUAAUUGAAGAGCAGAAAAGAUAGCUUGCCUGUGGGAACAACACUUUGGAUCUGCGGGUCUGCCCUGGAGGGGGCAGUUUUCUGCACCCAUGUCGGCCGCCACCGCUGACACUGCCUCAAAAGCCAGGAGCGGUACACAUCGGCUGAUCCUAUGCACCAAGCUUCCCCUUUCUCCUUCCAUGUUUGAGCGCUUCUGUUCCUUUCCAGAUUCAUUCAAAGAGAACUAACGUUGAGUACCGUCCAUUAUCAAGAACAAGCUGGGCUCCCACUGACAUGUGCAGGUUUUCUUCCCCAUGCCUCAGGACGGGGGAUCGUUGGCAUGUAUGCUUCAUUUGUGGAGGAUGGAUGGAGAUGCAGAACAGAUUCUCCUCCUACUCGGGUCUUGUAAUCAGAGGAUCUUGACCACGUCUGACCCCAUAACAGAAUUUUUCCAACACUGAAACUGUUUAGAGAAACAAAGAACCUUGAUCAGAGGAUAACAGCAAAACAACACAUAGCACAGUUCAGCGAUUGGCCACUCAUGCUGUCAUUCAGUCCUCCUAAUUAAGCACGUUAGAAUUUACAUCAUUAAAAAGGUUGAGGCAGGUCUUGCCUGGGAGUCCAGUGGUUAAGACUCUGUGCCUCCAUUGCAGAGGGGGUGGGUUUGAUCCUGAGUCAGGGAACUAAGAUCCCACAUACCGUGGGGCCAAAAAAUAAAAAGCCCUAUACACGUAAAAAAAAAUGUAUUACAGGAAAAAAAAAGAAGAUGACUGCGGCAAAGACAUGAGAUUUUUUUUUUUUUUAAUCCUACACUUUUUCAGAAAAGGAACCUAGGUGGGGAUGGUCUCUUUUAACUGGAAUUAAGGAUCAGAAUUUCUAGGGGAAGAGCUUUAAAAAUAUUCAGACUUCCUAGGAUAGGAAUUCUGCAUUCUGUGAAAUAUGUGGCCUGAGAAUUUCUCUAUGAAAAAAAGAAUGCUUUGCUGAAUCUUUUGGGGAUCACUAUAUUAUAUGGCCUGUUCUUAGAGAAUUAUCAUGCCAGCCUGCACUGUAGAGUCUCUAAUAUUUUUUUAAACAGUAGACGUUUUCAGAGCUUGUAUUUUAUCCAACGUUUUUAAUUUUCUUAGACCUUGGAAACUUUUCUAACACAGUAUCUAUUAAUAUGUCACAAAAUCAGUGCUUGAAGAAAGUUUCCCUGGGAGAAUGCUGAUGCAGAGCACAAAGGGCAAAAGAGUGCAACCAAAUGUUAACUAGGAUUGUAGCAAUACAGUCUAGGAUGUUGUGUUGGGAAGAAUUUUGAGGGCCAGUCUGGCCAUUUUGGCUAAUGAUCUCUGCUCUGGGUAGAGAAGGGAGUGAAGCUGGCUAGCAGCCCUGAACUAGGACACCUUUCAUUUUAUUUUCUUUGAAAGAAUCUUCUGGGCUUCCUGGUGGCUCAGUGGUAAAGAACCUGCCUGCCAAUGCAGGAUACAUAGGUUCGAUUCCCGGGUGGGGAAGAUGCACAGGAGAAGGA